AUGUCUAAAGCUGCAGAAGCCGAAAAUGCUGAUACACCAAAGCCAAGAAAGGACAAGGUGGCAGCCUCCCAACUCAAACCAAAAUUAUCAAAGGCGGAACGUAGAGAGGACAAACAGCGCGGCACGAAACAAGAAAUAGCCCCAACUUCAAGCAUCUCCUCUGACUCCGACGUUCUACGUGACCUGCGCAUAUUUUCUCAUUUUGGGACCUCAGCCAGAAUCACCGGCCAUUCAGUGCCAUCCAAAGCCGACAUUCAUCCUGCAGUUUCAAGACUGGCACUUCAAUUCUCCAGCUUCCGAGUGGUGGGUGCCAAUGCCAGGUGCAUCGCAACGCUUUCUGCACUGAAGACAGUCAUACAGCAAUACCACACCCCCUCUGGAACGACGUUAUCCAGGCACCUUCCAACAUAUUUAUCUCCUCAAAUCACUCACCUCGUUGCUGCACGGCCAAUGUCGACCAGUAUGGGAAAUGCAAUCAGGUACAUGAAAUACGAAAUCAGUAUCCUAAGUAUCGAUGUUCCUGAACAGGAAGCCAAACGAUUCCUCAGUGAAAGACUAGACGCGUUUGUUCGGGAACGGAUACUCCUGGCAGAUCUCGUGAUACAGAGUCAUGCGAUUGAAAAAAUAAAGGAUGGAGAUGUUGUUUUGACUUUUGCUAGAUCAUCUGUUGUGGAAGGCGUCUUACUGAAGGCGCAUGAGUUGGGGAAACGAUUUACUGUCAUCGUGGUUGACUCCGGCCCAUUGUUCGAAGGUGGAAAACAAUUGCUCUCCUCCUUGGCUAAUGCCGGGAUCAAAUCCACGUAUUGCUUGUUAUCGGGGAUAAGUACCGCAAUCUCAGGUGCUUCAAUUGCCUAUUUGGGUGCGCACUCCUUACAUGCAAAUGGCGCACUUUAUUCCCGGGCGGGAACAGCAUUGGUUGCUAUGAUGGCAAAGCAACAUUCUGUUCCUGUGCUUGCUUGCUGCGAAACGUACAAAUUUUCAAACGGCGUACCUUUUGAUGGUUUCACAAAGAACGAACUUGUCCCCGAUCUUACACAGGAACCUCGGCCUUACUUGCAGUCGUUAAAUCCACUUUACGAUUUGACGCCGGCGUCCAUGAUAUCAGCCGUCGUAACUGAGGUUGGAUUGAUCCCUCCAAGUUCAAUACCCACUUUACUACACAGGGAAGGCAUACCGGAAUAA